CCAGCGAAGUACAAAUCGCCGGAGUGUCAAAUCGAUCAUUCGUUUCCGCCAUUACUUCCUCCCUUCAUCGCUUCCCCUCCACUUGCAAAGAUUUCUUACCUACUCAAAACCCAUUUCAUUAUUCCCCUGAAUUUAACUAUCAAGUCACUCGCCUUGUCGCUCCUGAUCCGUGGAGUUCGCCCGAUCGACCUCCGGUGGUGUUGUGGAUCAUGGACAAGGAAGAGGCGGCACCGCCUCAGGUCGUCGGCGGUGGUGAUGAAUCCGACGACGUUGAGCUUGUACUAUACAAAGUCCCCGAAUGCUACGUAUAUCUGAUACCUCCAAGGAAGACUGCCGGUUCAUACAGGGCUGAUGAAUGGGACGUUAACAAAUGGGCUUGGGAGGGGCAAUUGAAAGUUGUUAGCAAAGGAGAAGAAUGCAUUAUAAGGCUGGAAGAUAAAUCCACAGGUGAGCUAUAUGCAAGGGCAUUCCUUAGGAAAGAGGAUCCUCAUCCUGUUGAACCUGUGAUUGAUAGUAGCAGAUAUUUUGUCCUUCGAAUUGAGGAAAACGUUGGUGGUCGACUUCGGCAUGCAUUUAUUGGGCUUGGGUUCCGGGAAAGAACAGAAGCUUAUGACUUUCAGGCAGCCCUUCAUGACCACAUGAAGUACCUGGACAAGAAGAAAACUGCAGAAGAGAUGGAACAACAUUUUCAGCACACUUCGGGCCUCGACUACAGUUUAAAAAAAGGGGAAACCCUUGUCCUCCAAAUAAAAAAUCCAAUACCCGGUCGUGGGAUCAAGUCCCAGUUUUUUGAGCAAGGUCUGAACAAUCUGUCAUUGGAGGAGAAGGCUGGUAGCAAAGAGCCAAUCCUUAGUAUUAGACCUCCCCCUCCCCCACCAGGUCCCCUUUCGCCAGUAAGGGCCAUGGCCAUCACCCCGACAAACUCGCCUCCAAAGCUUAAUCUGGACACAAGCACCACUACGAAGGAAGAGGAGAAGGUACUGCAGUCUCAAGGGAAGAUGGAAAGCAUACAAGAAAACUUUGAUGAUGAUUUUGGAGAUUUUCAGGCAGCUGGGUAACUGGAUUGAGAGAAUCAACACCUUUACAAAACAAAAGUAAGUUGCAACUUACAAACAUAGAUACCUGGCAUAUGUAGAAUUACACCUGUGGAAGAACAACUUAUCUACUACAUAGAAGUUGUAUUCAUUCAUUAGAGUUAGCUCCUAUUCCGGAGAAGUUUCUGCUUCUGCUUUUGAUGCCAUUAUGUCCCUCCUGAUACCCACAAGCAUGCCUGCCCUUGCUAUGCAUAGCUGAAAACCCAUGAUGGCAAGUUUAAAUACCCCUGAAUUGGUCAUUGUCGUUAUUUGCUAUUAGAUAAUACCGAGUUUCCAUUACUUCCAUGUGUUGGUUCUUUGGACAUAUGUACUACUGCUACCUUGCCCUCAAUCCAUCGGUCUUCUCUUCUCAAUCUCUAAUAAUAUGCAUCAGUUUUA